AUGAGUGCUUGUGCAGUGAAAGGUUGUAACAAUUCUUACCGAAAAAGAAUAAUAAUAGAAGAAAAGCCAGUGAAAUAUUUUAGGUUUCCCAAAGAUAAUGCAAUUGCUGUAAAAUGGCGUGAAGUGUGCAAAAAUGGUGUAAAUAUGACUUAUGGAAAGAUAAGUUCUAAACACUUCGACGCAUCGUGCUACGACGAGCCUGCACAGCAUAUAGCUUUGAAUUAUUCUCCUUUAAGAGGACGAAAGUUAAGAUUGGAUGCAAUCCCCACAUUGCAUUUAUUUUCAGAAUUGCAUAUGGUUAAAAGACUAGAUACAUGUGCCGAAGAUGCACAUAAAACAAUAUCGGAUUAUAUUACCGAAGCAAUACCAUCAACGAUAACUCUCAAAAUAAUAUCAGAGAGUAUUGCUGAAACAGAACCAUCAUCAACUGCUAAAUCUCAACCCGCAACAUUGGAUAGUAUUGCAGGAGAUGCAAUAACAACAGUUACUACUGCAGAUUAUUCUACGCUAGUAAAAAAUCUACAAGUGGAGUUAGCGAAAACAAAAGAGGCGCUUAUGCAGUCCGAGAAGAAGAAAGAAAAACAGAUAAAAGAAAAAGUUCAAGAAAAUAUGUACAGAUUACUGAAGCAUGUAUUUACGCCAGGACAGAUUUAA